GGUUGGGGAGAGUUCAGACACCAGUUGGCGUAUUUGAAGAUGAAUGUAUUUUCUGCCAUUCAUUCAGAACCAGUGAGCCGUGUCAUGGUCCGAUGGUACUGUAUCACGAUAGAAGGAUUAUGACCAAUGACAAGGGAAACCCUACCAACGCCGUGUAUGUGCACGAGAAAUGCAUCGUUUGGGCCCCAAGAGUGCAAUCCAGUGGCGGUACUUUUAAGAACGUGGAGAAUGAAAUCAAGCGUGCUUCAAGAUGGGAAUGCAGCAGAUGCAAGCUCCGGGGAGCAGCGCUUGGUUGUUAUUACGGCCGCUGCCGCAAAACUUAUCAUGUCCCAUGUGCAGUGAUGAUACCUGAAUGCCGCUGGGAUGUUGAGGGUCGCCAUGUUUGGUGCCCCAAUCAUGCACCACAUGAUGAUAUGAGCUCACCACCAACAAUGGAGAGUGACAUCGUCCUUCAAGUAGAUCAGCUGAACACCUCAAGUUGUUCCUUGUCUCAGGGCCAAUGUUCAGAGAAAGAAAGAAUUUCUUCCAAUUACCAGAGAGAACAAAACCUACAGAAUCAGUCUAGCACCCUGGUGGAUCAAUGGGUUUUGCUUGGUAUAUCUUUAAGUGCAUCUGAAGAGGAUUCCUUGAAGGAAUUUGCGUCCUUGACCAAUUCAACCUUGGUUGAGGAUUGGGACAAAAAUGUGACUCAUGUUAUUGUGGGCAGAAACACCAAUACCGCAUGUGUGAGAUCAUAUGCGGUCCUGAUGGCGAUACUGUAUGGGAAAUGGAUUGUCAGAGCCGGAUGGAUUAUGGAUUUCUUGGUGCAACGAAUUCCACACCCGGAAACUCCUUACGAGAUGACAUUCUAUGGGGGUUUGCACACAUCAAUUUCUGGACCAACGAAAGGAAGAGCUAGAGCUGCUGAAGGGGCACCAAAACUCUUCUCAGGACUGAAUUUCUGCUUCAGCGACUACGUGCACGUAGAAGACUUAGAGGAGUUCCAGAAUCUCAUAGCAGCUGGUGGAGGGCUAGCGCUGCAGGGAGUCAGCCCAGACUCGUUACCUGAGAUCAGGAGCAGAAUUCCCGGGAAGGUGUACUACAUCUACCACGGCGGGCCUCCAAGGAACUCCACUUGGUAUUUUAAGGAUGUCCACCAGAAUCAGAUGGAGGAGAGCGUCGAGUAUGGGAAAUCGGGAGCGCAGGUGAUCAGCCACCUGAAGCUGUACGAUGCUAUCCUGUCCUACGACGCGCGGAUCCUGAAACCCGGACGGUCUUUCACCAAUAUGUGUGAGUGA